GCUCAUCAGCAGAGCAGACGAGCAGACCGGUUACUAGCUGCGGGGAAAUACGAAGAGGCUAUUUCUUGUCACAAAAAGGCUGCAGCGUACCUCUGUGAAGCCAUGAAGCUGACACAGUCUGAGCAGGCUCGCCUGUCCCUGGAGCUGCAGAGGGACAGCCACAUGAAGCAGCUGCUCCUCAUCCAGGAGCGCUGGAAGCGGGCGAAGCGUGAGGAGCGGCUGAAGGCCCAGCAGCACGCGGACAGGGACAGGGACGUCGCUGCCCACCUGCAGGCAUCGCCCAGGCCGUCUGCGGAGGACGCGGAGGCCCAGAACCCCCUUCUCGCUCAGAAGCACAGCCCUUCCGCAGAGAGACGCCUCCCUGAAGUCCAGGGGGUUUUUGACAGGGAUCCAGACACACUGCUGUACUUACUUCAGCAAAAGAGUGAGCCCACGGAGCCGUGCAUUGGAAGCAAAGCCCCAAAAGAUGACAAAACGAUUAUAGAGGAGCAGGCAACCAAGAUUGCAGAUCUGAAGAGACACGUGGAGUUCCUUGUGGCCGAGAAUGAGAGAUUAAGGAAAGAAAAUAAACAACUAAGGGCCGAAAAGGCCAGACUUCUAAAAGGUUCAGCAGAAAAGGAGCUGGAUGUGGAUGCUGAUUUUGUAGAAAAAUCCGAGCUCUGGAGCCUGCCACCACAUUCAGAAAGUGCUGCAGCCUCCUCAACCUGGCAGAAGUUUGCAGCAAAUACCGGGAAAGCCAAGGACAUUCCAAUACCCAACCUUCCUCCCUUGGAUUUUCCAUCUCCAGAGCUUCCGCUUAUGGAGCUCUCUGAGGACAUCCUGAAAGGAUUUAUGAGUAAUUAAAAUGGAAGGUCAGGAGAGAGUUCAGAAGAGGAAAUAAUUGAGUAACACAGUUAAUCCAGAAAAGAAAAAAAGGGAAAACCACAGGCAAGGGCAGUCCCAGAAUUCUCUCGUCCGUCCGCUCUGAGGGAGAGAGGUGCGCCGGACGCGGGACGUCACUGUGAAGCGUACCGCGGUCUGCUUCUCGCACAGCUGGCGACCCUGCCUUGGCACACACGGCUGGGGCUGGCGUUCUCCCGAUCCAAAGCAAAUGGCUACCUGGAAUAAUAUCUUCAAGCAACAAUUAUUUUUUGAAUCUUCAGGGUUUAAAUGUAUGAAAGUAUGUUAUAUGUAAUUAAUCUAUAAUGCCAUAAGCCGGGUGUGGUAGCACACACCUGUAAUCCCAGCACUCGGGAGGCUGAGGCAGGAGGAUCGUUCGAGUUCGAGA